AUGGUCAUUUAAUGACCGCAGGGCAUACAUCAUCCCCCCCAUUCCCCGCAUGAAUUUCUACUGGAACAGCACACCCAUGCAAGAUCAACUCCCGGAAAAUCAGGACGUCUUCGACGAUGACCUUCGCUGUACCUUCGUAAACCUACUCGGCAGCCACCUCGGCGUCAACCACACGUUGGAGAACUCAAGGUCACGUUUAAACACAGCAAACCAUCAGACGUCAAGCUUCAUCAUUCAUCGCACUCAACCGUCUGUUGGCCCUUCGAUGUCAGGCGAUUCAUCAAGUAGCGCUGACCACAACCGCCGUAACUUCACACAGGGUCAAUACUCAACACAACCCGUUUCCACAUCCAUUUCCCAGGUCUUAGCCAUACCACCGCCACAAAUGGACUACUCAACCACCACCAAUAUGCUUCCAAAUUACGACUCCUGGAAUAAUGUAUCGACCCUUCACAGCACCCAGUACCAUAAUCCGGUGUUAGGAGGUGCCAGUAUCGGGCACUCUUCUUCUCCUGCAAUAGGAAGCGGCUACUUGGCCCCACCGACGUCCCAAAAGGUGUAUCCAAAUGAACCCUCUUCGCACUCCAUCAUUUCCUCGCAAUAUACCAUAACUAAUAAUCUGCCUUUCGUCUUUGACCCUGAUAUGUCCGCCUCCGAUUUUUUGCUGUAUAAUAUCUCACCACAUCAAUGGCAGACUAAUGCCGCCCCUCGGCCAGGACAUCUAAGCCUGCCGUUCACGCCUAUUAUACCGCCGCCACAGGCUGCAGAAUCCUCACAAUUUACAUUUGUGAUGCAGCCCCAUGCACAUUAUGGCGAACAAAUAGGCUACCCUCUAAACCAGCCACCAAUCAAUCAGCCUUUUCCGUUCCCGCUGCAUAGCCAUCCCUCGUCUCCUCUUAUGUCCUGCGAAUGGCUAAAUGACGCCGCUAUACACUGCGGAUUUAUAGGGACACUGGAAGCAUUAAAAUCGCACUGUAAGAUCGUGCAUCUUUCUGGAUCAAGGAUCGCGCAGAUUGAAUGCCACUGGGAGGGUUGCGACUACCACAGCCGCGAUGACCCCACGGUUCGCGUCAUGCGGCGCGACUGCAUUUGGCGCCAUAUUUGUGAGGUACAUUUGAGGCUGAAGAGGGGUAGGAUCUAGGCUUCCGCAUCUCUUUGCAUCAUUGCAUCGUUGUUUUAUUAAUUCCUUGUGUUGUAUCACUGCUAGCCAC